AUGCCCCCCUGCGGGGUUUCGUCGAAGGAUGGGGCUGUUUCGGAGGAAAGGCCUUACACCAUAAAGCUCCCACAGCUCGUGCCCCCGCAGCCAGGGUUGGAGGUGCUAGAGAGCAACAUCGCGGUACCGCGCGCGCUGCGUGGGGAGGCUUUGUUGGGCACCAAAGCGACGGAUUCCCGCUCCGAUGUCCUGUCAGGCACCACUUCUAGUGGCGGUGCCGUCUCCCACGACAGGAACUCCCCACUAGAGGGGUUGAAUUCUCCUUCGCGGUUGCAGCGCAGAUCUGAGGAGAACCAGCAGGAUAACUCUUUCUACCCAAAUGACAGCAAAGUCGUCAACGGCGUCGUUUCCCUGCAGUACAUGGACGAUCCUUGGUACGAUUACCGCUCAAAUAUGCCACAGAGCGCUGCUAACGUGCAAGAGGCGGGGAGCGGAGGGAGCUUUUCGUGUGAUAGCGCUAAACUUACACCGCUGCAGAUGCGGAACCGCUGCGGUUAUUAUUCCUCUGUCUUGCAGUUAAACGAGGAAGCCUCGUUAACAGGGAGUGAGUUAGGGGAGGGUUUUAAUAACCCUGGUAACAAACUGCGGACAAAGGCUGCCCUUAACAGGUCUUCACUGAAGAAUACCGAAUUUUGUUUUCCGCGUUUCAAUCGCCUUCUCUUCACUCGUAGCGCGAAGAUAUACACGCCAGUGGAGACUCUUAAACAGACCCUCGCCGAGCUCGAACUUCCCUAUAUACCAGAGCUCGACCACCGCGUGCUUUCCGCGGAUUUUAACACCUACAAGCUCGCGGAGGUUCACGGGACGUACGUCUAUGUAAUAGUGGCUAUGAAUGUGCUGCUCAGCUACGAGUUCGUGAGCCGCUUUGAAUUCAGCGUGCACAAACUUCUGAACUUUGUAAAAGAGGCGUUCACGUUUUUCAGCCCCGGCAACCCCCUGCACCACCCGGUGCACGCCGCGGAUAUCAUCGCGGCGGUUCAUCAGUGGCUUAGUCAGCCCACCGUCGGCGCGAACCUUUCCGACGAAGAGAUGCUGCCCUUUCUUUUUGCCUCCAUUGUGAUGCGGAUAGGGCAUUCCGGCUGGAGCAAUCACUCCUUAGCGCGGGAAAAGCAUCCGUACUCAGCGCUAUGCUGCUAUACCGCCCCACAGCAAGGGGCAACCAUGUCGCUCACCCUCGCUCUACUGGAGAAGCCGGAGAACCAUUUCUUCCCCUCAACGGGCGAUGGGGUGGAUAACGUGGAGCCUGACACGCCCGUCAUGAACGGCGACCCAGACUGCCGGAGGCCGAGCACAUUGGCUCAAACGCACAUGUGGACGUCUGAAAAGGAGGAUACUUUUUACAACAUGGUCUACGAGCUCAUCAUGGCGACGGACGAGCGCAGCUACUACAAUAUCCAACGUAGCCUUGAACAGAUCGAUCAGGAUCACUACAUCACACACGGCUGCAUCUGCUCGGAGGCGGAUGGUUCGAGUGAGCCAACGACGCCAACGGUGCCGCUCGCUACGAACCCUCUCCCUAAAAGACUGAACAAAAACUGCAAACGAUGCUGUGCGUACAUUAGCGAUGCACACCUGCCAACGGUGAUGUCAGCUGUGCUGCACAUAUUGAACUACUCCUACGUCUUUCGCCCGUAUGAGGUGUUUCUGUCGGGAAACUUUAGCUUCUCGGCGUCGAUGUAUCGCCAGAGCGAUCUCCGUGUCGAGGAGACCCAAAGGAGGCGCCAGAAACAACAGUCGCGGCAGCAGGCGGAGGGGAAGGAGGAGCAGGGCAUGGGGGACCCGACGAGCGACUCCCGGCAGAUGUUAAUGCCGGAUUUCACGAAUGAGGUGCGGGAUCUGCCGCUGCAUCGGGGCAGCAGCAGCAGCGGCAGCAGCGGUGCGACGUGGCGGGGGGCGAGCGUCUCGAUGAAGAAUGAGGGGGAGGCCGCGCUGCUCAAGGCGCCGCAGCGGUGGCGCGAGGACGCGACCCCCACCUCGACCGUCUCCCCCCUCCUCCAGCAGAGCACACUGGCCGGGACGACGCCGACGGUGCCACGGCCGAACCCACCCUUGUCCCAUCGAGCGUCCCAGCGCUUGUCUCAGUCCGUUCCCCAGCCCUCCUCCCAGUCGUUGUCCCAGCGGUUAUCCCAGCCCUCGUCGCAGCCGAGGUCGCAGCGGUUGUCUCGGCUGAUGUCGCAGCCGACGGGCGAUCUCAGCGCCAUCCUCGCGGCCUCCUCGGUGGAGAACUUCGCGGACGGCGAGAUGACCUCGUCGGUGGGCGAUCUCCUGCCCGGCCGCUCGCUGCAGCGCAAGGGCCGCGACAUCCUCCUGCUCGCCUUCGAGGAGAUCCACUACCCGAUGGUGCAGACCAUUCAGCCCUACGUCCCUGCCGACUGGGUGAAGAAGUCCCACCUUAACUUCACCCGGUUCCUCACGGAGCUGCCGUCGGAAGAGGAGUACGACCUGAUCGUCGAGCGGACCCUACAGCUGUGCGGGAGCUCCAAGUUUAACGACCCCAGUGAGGCUACCGCGCGGGAUGAUGGAAAGCCGUCACCCUUGCAGCGCCUUAUUCAGGCCGUGGAGGAGAUCGAGAUCGCGAAGUAUAUCCCAUUCCACAUCAUCGAGAUCGCCUUGCGGCCGCACGGGACAACAGACGUGGAGAGCAGCACCUUACCAAGCAUGUCUAGGGAGGUGGAGGUGCGCGUGCUGAAGGAGAUUAUGCGCUCGAGUAUUGAGUUUCUCGCACUAAAUGGAGCGAGUGUGUAA